AUGGCAAGCGGUGUCAUAUUUCAUCCAUGCUUCCUUCUCUCAUAUUAUCUUAUAGGCCUUUUGGCUACAGCUAAUAAUGUCCCCCAAGCACAAUUAAUACCAUACCACGGUCAGCAUCUCAUAAAGGCCUCAAUUGGCACUCCACCAGUAGACAUCUAUGGCGUUGCCGAUACAGGUAGUAACCUUGUGUGGACACAAUGUGUACCGUGUGAUGACUGCUUCAAUCAGACUUAUCCCAAGUUCGAUCCUCAAAAGUCCUGCACAUACAGUGAAAUUUCUUGUCAUUCAGAAAAAUGUCACGAAUGGGACCAAGUCCAUUGUUCUCCUCAAAAUAGUUGCAAUUACGUCAGUGGAUAUGUAAAUGGUGGAUCCCAAGGUGUUCUGGCCAAAGAAAAAGCCACCAUCACUUCUACCUUCGGGCAAGCAGUUUCUUUUGACAUUGCCUUUGGAUGUUCACACAACAGUAACUUCCAUUCCGAUGGCCAUGUAACGGGAAUCAUUGGGUUAGGAUCAGGGCCUUUGUCCUUUCUUUCACAAAUUGGUAGCAAGAGGUUUUCUUAUUGCUUGUUGCCAUUUGGUACUGAAUAUACUGAUCCUAGUGUUACAAGCAAGAUAAGUUUUGGCAAUGGCAGUGAAGUUGUGGGUGAUGGUGUGGUUUCAACACCAUUUGUAGAUCGAGAAUCUGGACAUGAAUAUUAUGUGACACUAGAAGGAAUUAGUGUUGGAGACACAUAUGUGCCCUUUAACUCUUCAGGUAAGGUUUCUAAGGGCAACAUGUUAAUCGAUUCAGGAUCACCAACAUUGUCUUUGCCACCAGAUUUUUACGAUCGCUUAGAGGUGGAAGUGAAGAAGCAGAUUUCAAUUGAUCCCAUUAAGAAUGACACUUUAUUGGGGACACGGCUUUGCUAUAGAACUGAAAUUACUAAUGAAAAUGGACCAAUAUUGACUGUCCAUUUUGAAGGUGCAGAUGUGGAGUUAAAACCUAUACAAACUUUCAAUCGACCGAUUAAAAGAUAUGAAUAUUAUUGCUUUGGAAUUACAAAUAUUGCAAGUACAUAUAACGAAUUUUCGGAUGGCACAGGAGUAUACGGCAACUAUGUUCAAGCAAAUUUUUUGAUUGGGUAUGACUUGGAAACAAGGAUGGUCUCCUUCAAGCCGACUGAUUGCACAAAACUGUAG